UAAGCAGGGCCGGUGUGGGAGAGCAGAGGAGAGGGGUGCAGCCAAACUGACCCUCACUCCAUUAGGCAUGCAGCGCUGCUUUUAGCUCCUGCCCGCCGCUCUCCCUGACUGACUGAGGGGAAUUCUGAAGCAUGUGAAACUCCCAGCCGCUCCACGCUUCAGCACAGCGCUCUUCUGGGAAUAUUCAGCUCAAAAAGCGCGCUGCCUGUCCCGAUGCGCCGCCCUCCAGAGUCUGCUCUGGAUAAUCCUGCAGGGUGCUUCUGAGAGCGCGUGCGCUUAUUUGUCUUGUCAUUGCCUUAGAGGACUAUGGAUUGAAAUGGUGCGAUGUUCCGUGAGGCAUUAGCACGCGUUUGGAUUUGCUGGCUGCUGGUCACCACUCUGGGCUGGACGUGGACAGGUCAUGCACACAGCUGCCAUGAGGUCAAAACAGCUUUCCAGCUGCGCCAGGUCGGCCCCCUCAGAUGGGUCCCAGAAACAGCAGCACCAGAUGCUGAGCUCCAAAUCUGUAAGCACCAGGGUCCGACCUGCUGCACCCGCAAAAUGGAGGAGAGCUACCAUGCUGCUGCACGCAGAGACACCCUGCAGAACAUUCUCUCCUACAGCUUCGAGCUCAAGUAUCUCAUCCUUGGUCAUGCAUCUGCCUUCCAGGACACCUUCCAAUCCCUCCUGUCAUUCACACUCAACCACACCCUCUCCCUCUUCGACCUGGCCUACGAGCCCAUCGCCCGGGAGUCCCGCCCUUUAGUCUCUGCCCUGUUCUCCGACCUCGCUCUGUAUCUCCAUGGCGACACUGACAUCUCUGUGGAACGAUCUGUCCACCGUUUCUACGAUGACCUCUUCCCUCUGGUCUACCGUUACCUGGUGAACCCAGGCCUGCGCUCCUCCUCCUCCUGGUCAGCAGAGGGCACAGAGUGUCUCCGGGCCACACGGCCGGAUGUGAACCCUUUCGGCCCGCAGCCGCAGGCUCUGGCGCAGGGACUGGGGAGGGCACUAGCAGGUGGACGAGCACUGACCCGGGCGCUAGCAGCUGGAGCGGAGGUCCUGAAUGCCACUGAGUCUGCGGGGAUGGCGAAGGAGUGCGGGCGGGCGCUGGUACGGAUGCAGUACUGCCCGCACUGCAGGGGGCUGACCCUCAUCCGGCCCUGUGGGGGACUCUGUCUGAACGUGAUGCGUGGCUGCCUGGCUGGACUGGCCGAGCUGCAGGUGCCCUGGAGCCGCUAUGUGGGCCUGCUAGAGCGUCUGAGUGGGGUGCUGGCCGGGGGGCACGAGCUGGAGCUUGCCCUGCUGGGGAUACGUGAGAGGAUUAAUGACGCCAUCCUGAAUGCUCAGCUGCACGGACCACACCUCAGUGCUGUUGUGGAUAAGGUGUGUGGUUCUCUCACGCAGUCUGCCUCGUCCACUCUUGAGAGUGUUACAGUGGAAAGCCCUGCUGCCUCUGUCCAGCCCAUCACAGAGCAGCUGCCCUCCACCUCCUCCACCAGUCCGGACAGCAGCGGUCAGCAACACAGCCGAGUUACUCUUAAAAAGAGGUCUUUGCCACUGAAACCUUCCAAGAAUGACAAGCCUAGAAGUCUGAAGAAGAUCUCUAAGGAGUUUAUGGGUUAUAUUCAGCGGUACAAGUCCUUCUUUUCCACAUUGCCAGAGAUGCUGUGUGAGGGGGAGAUGGUGGUGGAUGACUACACCUGCUGGAGCGGAGAGGAUGUGGUGGAGAGCUACACAGGUCAUGUGGUGGGGAACGGCCUACAAGCCCAGAGGCAUAACCCUGAGAUCAAGGUCAGAGGCGUGGACCCAGUCCUGGUCGAGGCAAAAGAGAAGCUGGAGCAGUUUAAUCAGGAGAUGUCGGCUGAGAUGGGACUGGGCUCAGAGGAGCACGAGCGCGUGGAAGUGGGAAGCGGCAGCACCAUGGAAACCAGCGGCGAAUGUGACGAUGAAGACGGCUGUCAGGGUUCAGGAGAGAAUGAAGAUGCAAUAGACCGGCCUGUACUCUCCUUCCAGCCCCCGACUGCAAGAACCCGUCCAGAGACGUCCGUUAUAGGGGCAGCCUGUGCUCUGGACUCCUCCCCUAUCCUCCACUCCCUCCCUCUCCUCCUCCCUCUGCUGCUGUCCCGCCUGGGCCUGGACUCCGCUUGACCGCCCCGAUGCAUGGAGGAGUGCAAUAGGAUGCGGUGGAGGACUGAAGUAUGCACUUGCACUGGACACUUAGAUGGACGUCUACACAUUCACAGAUGACCCCGCCAUGCUGCGUCUCUGCAGGCUGCUCUCCGCUGGCUGAUCUCUGCCAGCUGACCAGAGUCAGACCCCUCGGCCCUGGCUUUGGAGAAAGUGCCUCUGUUUUUCUUUGUCAGUGAUUCGACUGUUCGAGGUUGUGUUACGAGUCACAGUUUUGCACACUUGCUCUUUUGCGGUUUCCUGCUUUGUAGGGUUUUUCUGGUCUGUGUGGCAGUUUAUGUAGUGCACUAGCCAAUGAAGUAUUAAAAUGGUAGUUGGAGAAUUCCUCUGUGCUUGCAAUGACAUUUUGGUAUCCUUCAAAAAAAACAUGCAAGUUUGCUGUCCUGCAGGGUUAUCUUGGCUAAGAUUCUGCUAAGAUUCAAGCAAGUGAUACAUGAUACCAUCAGUGUACAGUGCUGUGAAAGUCAGAGAAUACGCUGAUUUAUUUAAUUUCCAAUCAAAAUGGUUAUUAAGUAAGUUAUUCGUCUUUCAAUGUAAGGGGAAGAAAGUAGAAAACAUAUAUUUAACACAAAUCUACACAGCUUCCAUUCGUUUCAGGAGACUCGCUUUCAGUUUUUUCAAAGAAAUCUGCUGGGAUAUCUUUUCACACCUCCAAAGUUCAGUCUUAGAAGUUGGUUGCAUUUCCUGCU